AUGUUUUUCCUCAAGGAAGAGACCAAAAUCAUUUCGCUGCAUCCGUCCUAUUUUGGACCCAACAUGCGCGAGUACCUCAUCGCCCGACUCAACGAGGAAGAGGAAGGACGGUGCACUGGCGACCACUUUGUGAUUUGCGUGAUGGACAUGGUUGACAUUGGCGAGGGACGGGUGAUGCCCUCCAGUGGACACGCAGAGUACACCAUCAAGUACCGCGCGAUUAUUUGGAAGCCCUUCCGGGGCGAGACGGUUGAUGCCAUUGUCACUUCGGUCAAGCCCACAGGAAUCUUUACUCUGGCGGGUCCGUUGUCCGUCUUUAUUGCGCGAAAGAACAUUCCAUCCGACAUCAAGUGGGAGCCGAACACCGUGCCCCCGCAGUAUACCGAUCACGCAGAUCAAGUGAUUGAGAAAGGAACCAGUCUGCGCCUCAAGAUCCUUGGUGUCAAGCCCGAUGUGGCUGCCAUCAACGCCAUUGGCACGAUCAAGGAGGACUAUCUUGGGUAG